CAAACGUGCUCUUCCCUUCGCUUUCGUUUGCCUCUUUUUUCUCUCAAGCAGAACUCGAAGGAGCUAGCAAGCAAGCAGCGAUGGCGAAGGAAGGCGAUCUUUGGGACGAUUCCGGUCUCAUCAACGCCUUCGACAACGCCAUGUCCAAGUACAAGUCAAUGCAUGGCCAAAAGAAUAGCAAUGCAUCCAAAGGAGUAGAAGUUGUUGAUGAGCAGGAAAAAGGUUUUUCUUCUCCUGGCCAGGAAAAUCACGUCACAAUGAGGGAAGAACCUAAACACGCUGUAGCAUCAAAUUGUGCAGAAGUACCUGGAGAGGCUAAUAACGACCCAUCGGUUAAUGGAAACCCUUGUGUCGAUGUGUUGGCUCAGGGAUCUCAUCCAGAUUUAUCAAAUGGUGUGCCUGUACAAGAUACGCUAGAAGCCCAUUCAUAUUCUCAAUAUGCUGAAGGUUAUGACCAGUUACUUGCCGAAUAUUAUGAGCUCGAGCAAAAGAGGGAAAAGGUCCUUCAGCAGUUGCAUCAAUAUGGUUACUGGAAUUACCAGUUUCCUCAGGAUGCUACUGGAGCUGCUCCUAGUGCACCGUGGACUACUGCUACUGCUGCUGUAGAGCCCUCUGUCCCUUCAGGCCACAGUUGUCCAGUUGGUAGUUCAUGCUGCCCUUAUGUUUGUCAGUCAUUCGAAGCACCAUGCCCUGUUUCUACUUGUUCUUUUGGUAAAACAUGUGUCGGCCAAGUCUGCAACGGUACUCCUUCCACAACUCAUCAAAAAGUGCCUGUCGAAGAUUCUGACAUUACGAGGACAGCUAUUGAAGCUGCGGAGAAAGCACUAUCUUCUUUGAAGAUAGGAAGAUCUACUGGUGAAGAAGGUGGAUCUGGAUAUUUCUCAGAUAAAGAGAAAAAGCUAGAAGGGGAAACCUUACAGACUGAAAGUUCCGGAACUGAUCUUAGUGUUGUUCUGAAUGCAUGGUAUUCUGCAGGCUUUUACACGGGCAAGUAUCUCGUGGAGCGGUCUGAUCGAGAGAAAAGGCAUUCCUAAACGGUAAGAACUAAUCCAUGGUUUUGAGCUCCUCAGAAGCGAGUCUGUGCCAAAGUUUUGGACAUUCGUAUGCAUGAUUUUUGUAAUUCAAUAGUGUAUGUUCUUGGACUGUGGGGUCCAUCAUGCAAGCUGGAAAUCAGACCUUUUACCAAUAUCCCGAAGAAUCUGUAGUUCAUCUAGCAUUUGCCAACACUUUCGUGUUGUGCAAAGGUUACACAGGCUUACAAGUAACCAGCUCAUACGGAUCUCAUGUCAAAGAUUCUCCAAUUUCUUUUCUGAAAUUGUUGCAGUGUCACUGUAACUUGGCCAGGAAUCGGACCCAGAGCUUGAUUCGUGCCCUCAAAAUGGUGUCGAAAUGAAAUGGUUUCC